UCAAGUUCUUUGGUUCUGAAACCAAAUGGGCGAUUCAACCCCUCUUCUCUCCGAAUCCAACUCAGCCGAGUCAGAACCCCCUCUGCUACAAAACCACCUUCCCUCCCUCGACUCCGCCAUCGAACUUUGCAUCGGAGAUUUCGGGUGGGCACAGUUCCUCCAAGCCAUCCUCGUCUCUUUUUCAUGGUUCUUCGACGCCCAGCAAACCUUCAUCACCGUCUUCACAGACGCCGAGCCCGCGUGGCACUGUACUCAACAGCUCACUGACAACCCCAGCUCAUGCAACUCAUCAUUCUCAAACAUUUGCCAACUUCCCAAGUCCUCAUGGGACUGGGAUCGGCCAAAACACACCUCUGUAAUCUCCGAAUGGGCCCUCGAGUGUUCCGGGUCGGUCGUCACCGGCCUGCCGGCCUCCUCCUUCUUCAUGGGGUGCUUGAUCGGAGGACUCGCCCUCUCCACACUCGCCGAUUCAUCACUCGGCAGGAAAAAGAUGCUCUUCCUCUCGUGUCUCAUGAUGUCUUUCACCACCCUCCUCACCGCCUUCUCCACCAACAUAUGGAUCUAUUCCUUCUUGAGAUUCGUCACCGGCUUUGCCCGCGCCACCAUCGGCACGUCAGCGCUAGUCUUGUCCACCGAGCUGGUAGGCAAGCGGUGGCGUGGCCAGGUGGGUGUGGUAGGUUUCUUUUGCUUCACAUUAGGGUUUCUCUCCCUACCAGCUAUAGCUUACACCCAUCAAAGCCACUCAUGGAGAACACUCUACUUCUGGACUUCAAUUCCUACUCUCUUUUACUCCAUUCUCGUCCAUUUCCUGGUCCGAGAAUCGCCCCGGUGGCUAUUCGUCCGGGGCCGCAAAGAAGACGCCAUCUCAACCCUAAAAUGUAUUUCACCAAGCAUAACCAUGAGCUUCUCGAGCUUGUCGUUCGAGCAAGAGACUUGGAAUGUGGAUCUCUACUCUGCAAUCGGGGUUUUGGUAAAGAGAAAAUGGGCUUUUCGGAGACUGUCCGCGGUUAUGGGAGCCGGAUUUGGAAUUGGAAUGGUGUACUACGGCAUGCCAUUAGCUUUGGGGAGCUUGAAUUUCAACCUCUACUUUAGUGUCACGUUAAACGCCUUGUCCGAACUACCUGCUUCUUUAGUCGCUUUUUUCCUAAUUGGGAAACUGAACAGGAGAAGCUCGCUCCUGGUUUUCACUUUUCUCAGUGGGGUUUGUAGCAUUCUCUCGGUGCUAAAAGGUUUUAAUCCGUGGGUAGAGUUACAAAUCGGGUUAGAGCUUCUGUCUUUCUUUAGUGCUUGUUCAGCCUUUAAUGUGUUGCUUAUAUUCACGAUUGAGCUUUUCCCCACGUGCGUGAGGAACUCGGCUCUCUCGAUGGUGAGGCAGGCGGUGGUGUUAGGAGGAGUUUUCAGCCCGACGCUGGCGGCGGCGGGGAGGGAAAACGGCGGGGUUCUAUCAUAUGGGGUGUUUGGGGUUGUGGUGGGGGUUUGUGGAUUGUUUGUUGUUUGUUUGCCGGAGACGAGAGGGAGAAGGAUUUGUGAUACAAUGGAUGAGGAAGAGCACAAAGAGACAGCUAAUUGCAGUGCGGUUCGGCUUGUCGUCUAG